AGUUCUUUGAAAUUUUGAAGUUCCCAAUUUAAAGCCAUCCCUACUUUGACAUGUUAUAUUUUAAAUGUAUUUACUGACACUGUGUACAUUUUGUGCCAUUUCUGAUGUCUUUAACAGUUGUUUUGUCUGUGUUUUUCAGGACUAUAUUCCUGUGCGGAUGGAUUAAAAAACUACUCCAGACUGGUAGACAUGACAGAUGUGUAUUGGAAAUAUAAACAUGGACUUAAAACUUUGAUGUGUAGCAAAAAAGUUCAUCGUUGAUGAUAGUGAUUUUCUAAGCUAUAUUGACUGGAACAGGGUCAUUCUUCAGAAGUACAGGACUGUCAAUGCUGCAAUUUUGUUGUGAAAGUCACAAUCCAUGUCAGAAGUUGCUUGUUUUACUAUACAGCAAAGAAGAAGAAAUUGUACUGGGCCGACACCUAUAUGGGAAAAAGUUAAUUUUGAAUAUCUCAGCAACCAAAGGGUAUACAGCUAUGAAACUUCACACACUAGUAGCUGAUAACAAUAAAAACCAGUGGCUAAAAGGAUUUUAUCAAGAUCCAGCUGUCGUGGUCGAAGUUCUGGUUUCUUUGGGCAGCCCCUAUCCAGCUGGUCUUCAUUUACAGCUGAACUACAUCCAGGAUCGGUUGCAGCCUUAGAAGGAAGAAGGACUAUAUUCCUGUGCGGAUGGAUUAAAAAACUACUCCAGACUGGUAGACAUGACAGAUGUGUAUUGGAAAUAUAAACAUGGACUUAAAACUUUGAUGUGUAGCAAAAAAGUUCAUCGUUGAUGAUAGUGAUUUUCUAAGCUAUAUUGACUGGAACAGGGUCAUUCUUCAGAAGUACAGGACUGUCAAUGCUGCAAUUUUGUUGUGAAAGUCACAAUCCAUGUCAGAAGUUGCUUGUUUUACUAUGCAGCAAAGAAGAAGAAAUUGUACUGGGCCGACACCAAAUUCAUGUUCUGGGAAAAAUCCUCUCGUUGCAGAAUUUUGGUUCACGUGACCAAGAAACGUUCGGAAGUGGGACAAGUUAGCAUGGAAAAUAACAAGGAUUUUGAGGCGUAUGCCAAGGGUCUCUUUGGAGAGGAUUAUAACGAUAAAAAGACAGGGAAAUUGGCAGCUCCAUGGCCAGAGAAGCAAGAAUAUCAUCCAAAACCGUUCGAUAUCGUUGUCGUUGAUAAGAACGACAAAGUUUCAACAGCGAAAGAUAAAGAUAAAAAAUACAAAACUGGCAUUGGCAAGAGUUUGAAUGCAAAUAAAAAACCACCAAAUAAUGACGGACGUCUAACUCCGAUAGUGAUUGAUAUGAACGACACUCCUCUUGAGCAAGAGAAGGAUGAUGCUGUAUUUAAGAAAAAACGAAAAUCUGAGGAACAAGAAUUUGAUAAACUAAAUUUUAAGAAUGAAAAGAUACCAAAAGAUCAGAAUGACAAGAAGAAAAACAAAUCCAAAUUGGAGAGGGUAAGGUUUGAAGCGGAUGAUUCUGGAAUAAGUCUAAACGAAGAAGGGGAAGAGAGUGACAGUGAUUUGGCUUACUUUUGUGUAGAUCAUAUGCAAAUGUGUAAUUCGAGGAGUGAAUUUAGAAAACAUCGGAAUUGCCAUUUAGACUACACCAAAUCCGGAACAAGUUCUCCUGCCGGACGGAUCAUGACGGAAAAUAGAUCCGGUGAUAUGACAGAUCGAAGACUGCCGUUUCUGUCUGGAGGGAGCCGAGCCUCUAGAAGAGGUAGAAGUUCAGCUGCUUUUGCAGCUGUGCAGACGAUGUACACAGAGACGCUUGAGAAGCUGUAUGCCUACUCCGGGGUCAUAAUUGAAGACAGACAAAGUCUUAAGAAAGAGUUGCGUGAUAAGAAAUUGAUAAUGGAGGAAACAAUGAUGGAAUUUAUGGAAGAAUUGAUAACACGAAUAUUAAAGCUGAAGAACCAGUUUCUGGCUGAAUUAGAAAGAAAACACAAAACCAACCAGGCUCAUAUAACACAUCAGAUAACACGUCUUUACAAGAUGAGAUCUGAAGCCCAAGAAGCCUGGGAGAGUUUACAGGUACCAAGUGACUAUAACAACUUUGAGGAGUAUAAAAAUAUCAUUCUGAAGACAGCAGAGAGAUCAGUGAUACUACAAGUCAUACUCCGGGAGAUCUUUGAGUCGUGCAAGCAUUACAACUACGUACUUAAAUCUGCACCGGAAGCUGCAGGUAUUUAUGAUACAGAAAAUCUCGCUUGUGUCAAAGAAAUAUUUGUCGCGCCAGUUCUCCCGCCAUUUUUAUCGGUGAAAACAACUGAAGACGCUGACGAUGAAUCUGUGUCUGACUAUACCUCAUUAAAAUGUAUAGAAGGGUUUGAAAAUGUAAGUGGAAAACAUGCGUCAGGAAAUGAAAAGUGUAGCUUCACCGGAUGUGCAUAUAUUAUGGAAGAUUUUGUUCUAUUAGCUGAUUGGUCUAACGGGUCUAUCAAAAUGCUGAACAAGCAGGGAUUAGUUGCAGAUGUUCUUGAAUUUGAGCAAAGUCCGUGGGAUGUCGCGAGAAACUAUAGCGGACAAGUCGUUGUUACCGUUCCAAAACUGCAAACAGUAUUUUUUGUUGAAGCAGAGCCGCAUCUUCGAAUUGUUGGACAUUUUGAAACGAGAUGUGACUGCUUUGGCAUAUGUAAAAUACGGGACAAUUAUGCAAUAACCUGUGAUCCUUGGAGUAAAUCACCGUCUGUCCGUGUCUUUGAUAAACUUGGCAAUACGUUGCUAAAAGUACAGACGGAUGAUAUUGGUGACAAUUAUUUCAAAUGUCCGCUACAUGUGUGUUCCGACUUUUUUAGUUCUGUGAUAUAUGUAUCUGAUGCAACGGCGGACUGUGUUUAUGCCAUUUCCGUUUCCGGUGAUAUUAUCUUCUGCUACAAGCACGAAAAUCUCGAGUAUCCGACAGGAGUUGAAACAGACAGAAACAAUUGCUUACAUGUUUGUGGGAAAGCUUCAUCCAACAUUCACAAGCUCACAAAUAAUGGGUCUUUGCAAGAAGUGCUCCUGAAAAACAACUAUGAUGUACAACAUCCGUGCGGAAUUGCUUUUCAUCCAAACGGAGAUCACAUGAUUUUGACCGAUCUUGAAGGUGAAAUGUCAUCAGGAUAUUGGAAGUUACAUUUUUGGUAGAUACCAAGGUACCAGAAAAUGCUACGAGAACUGUGCUUUCUAUGUACAUUAUAUAUAAACAUAUUUAAUUUUUACACAGGUAUUGGCAGGCCAAACAUAACGGAGAAAACUGGAUAGUUUUUCCGAGAAUUAAUAUCGUAAUAACUGUUAUUUUGUUGUUGUUGUUUUUUUGUUGUUGAUAUUUUUAGUCAAAUCGACACAAAUUAUGACAUUCUGCACUCUUCUAGCUUUUCUGGUGAAUUUACACAUUAUUUUAGGGACUAACGGGCAAAUAGGUAGAAUCAUUGACCUGUCCGCAAAUCAGCAGGGUAGCUCCGUCAUGUCAAGAAUUUGACUACCAGAAGUACGGACAUAGCAAGUGUUUUGAUGUUUAUGAAAUAUUCGCCCAAAUUGAAUUUCUUUAAGAAUUCAGAAGUUUAACUAGCACUAAUAGCUGUCGUCCUUUUUAACAAAGCUCCGCUUAUUAAUUUCCUCUUUGAUGCCAUUUUCUGGUAGGCCUUACUAAUCCCUUGAGACAAAAAAAAAAUGAAUUUCAAGCGAAGGUCGAUAAAUGGAACUUAACCCUAUUUUGAAUGCUGAGUUGAAUUGUUUCUAAAACAAAAACAAACAAUAAAAAUCUAGACAAUAUAUUCAGCCGUCAAUAAUAUUCUUUGUCCAUCGUUAGAAUAUACAAUUUACAUACUUGCAGAUUUGUUUCAGUAAUUGAUUCUGGACACUGGACAAUGCCACCAUAAAUUACUUAAUAGAUUAUAGUUAAAAGGAUGCAUUAAAAAAAAACAAAUUCUUUAGAAUAUACUUGGGGUUAUGUAGAACUUAUUAAAAACUCAAUCAAUGUUUCAUUGAAUAGGCUGUAUUAUAGUAAAGCAAAUGUAUUGAAAACGUAUAAUCAUCUGUCAACAACGAUUCACCAUAGGUUUUGAACUAUCAAUUUUGAUCCUUGGUACUUUUCUCUGAAGCUGUCCAUCUAUGUAUGCAUCUAGUAAGCUUAUGUAUAGUAACCACUGGUUACCCGUGUGGACGACUCCUCCAGAAAAUUGUUAGCUCUUUUAGUUGGAGGCUAGAGCAUGAACUAUAAGACACUUCAAUUCCAGAAGCUUUCUUAAUUCUUAUGUCAUUUGCAAAGCAUACGCGUACGGCACUAGUAAUUUUAGUUAGAGAAGCGGGGGCUUGAACUGACUAUACAUAGUUUCGUAGCCCAGCAUGUCACUCCUACAUCCGUUUUUAACACUGCUUAACUAUGUAUGUUUAUGACCAGUUACACGUACUGAUUCCUCUUCUAAAAGGAAAUAAGCAAUUUCAGAUUUUUGGGAUAUUGACGAAGACGCCUAAGUUUUAGAAUUUUCGCAUGUUCUCUUUUUUAAUGCCAAUGUGUAAAUCGCCAAUAAAUGCGUUCUUGAUUUUACUUUUCAUCCGGAAGUCUGUAAGUAACUUUAAUUUGAAGUGACGCAGAUGACUUUUUAUUUCGUAUUCUUUUGUAGUAAGAUUUAGCUAAAGAUCCACACCAAUCGGCCAACAUGCUGUUUGAUAUUUCCGUUUUAUUUCCAUGUAUCGAUCUUGGCAAAUGUUUCCUUUUAAUGGACCGAACUCUCGUUAUUGUGUCCUACGGGGCGUCUGUUUGUUUUGUGCUCUUUGAUCAAACACUGAAAUAGGACCAUGAGUGUUGCUGUAACUGGAAAUGGCAAAAAGAAAUAUCCAUUAGAAUCCUUUGUCGAGUUGAUAAUUCAUGACACUACUCUGGGGAACAAUAGUUAAACAUAUAUAAGUAAUACUCUUUUAACUAAAACCAGUCUGAUUCAGACAAUAACGACUGUCAUUUUUAAAAGAUUCUGGUGGGAGAAAAAUAAAAUGUGUCAUUUUUGAAAGAAUAAAUUGCAUAACUUACUAGAUGUAGUUCCCCUCUGUCAGGAGUACGCAUGGUUAUAAAGAUAAAAGAGUGACAAUGGGACACAGUAAUACACAUUUAGCAAAUCGUUCAUUACAAUUUUUAUUUAUUUUUUGCCAGUAUAAAAGUACAGAAGUCAUUUUACUGAAAAUUAGCAUACACUGUACUUUAAGAGUAACAUAUUUAACUUACAAUUAAGUACUUUGAGCAAUAUGAGCCGCGCCAUGAGAAAACCAACAUAGUGGCUUUGCGACCAGCAUGGAUCCAGACCAGCCUGCACAUCCGCGCAG